AUGGCCGAAUUCGUCGACCCGAGGAUGACCAACAUCAAGCCUCGCAUCCGCUACAACACCAUCGGAGGUAUCAACGGUCCGCUGGUCUUCCUUGAUAACGUCAAAUUUCCCCGCUACAAUGAAAUCGUCUCUUUGACUCUUCCCGACGGGACAGAACGGUCGGGUCAGGUCCUUGAAGCUAGAGGCAACAGAGCAGUUGUACAGGUUUUCGAGGGUACUUCGGGCAUCGAUGUUAAAAAGACCAAAGUCGAGUUCACCGGCCACAGCUUGAAGCUCGGUGUGUCCGAGGACAUGCUGGGUCGUGUGUUUGAUGGAUCAGGUCGUGCUAUAGACAAGGGCCCCAAGGUUCUGGCGGAAGAUUAUCUGGAUAUCAACGGUCAACCUAUUAACCCCUACUCGCGAGUCUACCCCGAGGAAAUGAUCUCCACCGGUAUCUCCGCCAUCGAUACGAUGAACUCAAUUGCCAGAGGUCAGAAGAUUCCCAUCUUCUCUGCGGCCGGUCUUCCACACAACGAGAUUGCUGCUCAGAUCUGUCGGCAGGCCGGUCUGGUCGGGAAGCCCACCAAGGACGUCCAUGAUGGGCAUGAAGAGAACUUCUCGAUUGUCUUCGCAGCUAUGGGUGUGAACAUGGAAACGGCCCGUUUCUUCACCCGGGAUUUCGAGGAGAAUGGCAGUAUGGAGCGUGUCACUCUCUUCCUCAACUUGGCCAACGAUCCUACAAUCGAGCGUAUCAUUACUCCUCGUCUUGCCUUGACCACUGCCGAGUACUACGCCUACCAGCUUGAGAAGCACGUCCUGGUUAUCAUGACUGAUCUCUCGGCUUACUGUGAUGCCCUUCGAGAGGUUUCCGCUGCUCGAGAAGAAGUUCCCGGUCGUCGUGGUUACCCCGGUUACAUGUACACUGACUUGUCGACCAUUUACGAGCGUGCCGGUCGUGUUGAGGGCCGGAACGGAUCUAUCACUCAGAUUCCUAUCCUUACCAUGCCUAACGAUGAUAUCACCCACCCCAUUCCCGACUUGACAGGUUAUAUUACCGAGGGACAGAUCUUCGUCGAUCGUCAACUGUACAACAAGGGUGUCAACCCGCCCAUUAACGUCCUUCCUUCUCUAUCACGUCUCAUGAAAUCUGCCAUUGGUGAGGGUCGUACCCGUAAAGACCACUCCGAUGUGUCCAACCAGCUGUAUGCCAAGUACGCUAUUGGACGAGAUGCCGCCGCCAUGAAAGCCGUCGUCGGUGAGGAAGCCCUCUCGUCAGAAGACAAGCUCUCCCUCGAGUUCCUGGACAAGUUCGAGCGCACCUUCAUCAGCCAAGGGCCCUACGAGUCGCGGACCAUCUUCGAGUCUCUCGACAUCGCCUGGAACCUGCUCCGCAUCUACCCCAAGGAACUGCUCAACCGUAUCCCCAAGCGGACUCUGGACGAGUUCUACGCCCGCUCCGCACGCAAGCUUCCGGCCAAGGACACAAGAGACAACUCCGCGGAGAACGUGGGCGCUCCUCUCAUCGAGACCUAA